AAGUCCAAUUAUAUGAGAAAAAUAAAAUACAUAAAUGGAUAAUUAUUAAUUAUUGUAAAAAUGAGAAUUUAACGUAAAAUGUUUUAAUUAACAUUUGUUUUAAAAUACUGGUGUUAUGACAUUGUAUAAAUGUAUUAAUGUAUGUGUUUAAGAUGAAUAUAAUAUCAUUUGAGAAUUUUAAUUCAUAAUUUUGAACACAAAUAUUUGACACAAAAAGUCAAAAUGUAAAUGUAUCUUUGAACAUUAAUGGAUUAGAGCCUAGAGAUAUUUUUAUUUUACAAAACCAUGAAUAUCAUGCGAAAACUGCGUGGCAGUAAUACUGCCUCAUCUACAACUGGCGAAAAUUCUCGUCUAUUUGAAGAUGAUUCUGAUCAACAUACUGCUCUUGGUUUAAUGCAUUUAAAGAAACUUUUUACCGAUUACAUUCAUACAUCACACCUGCUAACUGACAAAGAACGUAGUAUAAAACUUUAUACUAUGAUUCCUUUAUUUUGCAAAGUUUUUGGCAGAAGUUCUUGCGCAGAAAUUAUUGAAAAAUUUUGUGACAUUAAUAGCUGGUGCUCAGAAAUGUCGGCCCUUAUGGUUGCAGAAAUUCGACAACGUGCGUCUAAUCAAUCAACAGAAACUGCUAGUAGAGCUAUUGCUAGCUUUUUAGAAAUAGAGAACUGUGAAGAAUCUAGUAAUGGGUGGAUGCUUUUAUCCACAUUAAACUUAUUAGCUGCAACUAACCAACCAUCUCUUAUAAAAAUAAUGGUAUCUGCAUCUCUUCCAUCAACAUUAGUAAAAUGUUUGUAUCUUUUUUUUGACUUACCUCCUUUGGAGAAUGAAGACAAAAAGACUGAUCAAAGUGAUUUUACUCCAAAAGAACGUCGUAUUUUGUUACAAAAAAUUUUUGUGCAAAUAUUAGUAAGAUUGUGCAGUAAUCAUUUACCAGCUGAAGAAUUAGUCACUAAAGAUGAUUUAUCUUUAUUAUUCUCUGCUAUUACAAGUUCUUGUCCUUCUUAUAAUGCUGUUUGGAGAAAAUCUUCUGCAGAAGUUCUAAUAACGAUUUCACAACAUGGAAUUACACCAAAAGUUAUACAAUAUAUUCAUGGAAAAAACUGUAUUGAAUUAUGUGUUGAAAAUAUGCGACAAUGUGCAGAUUUAAGUCCAUUAGAAGUAGUUGAUAUGUUUGUUACUGUAUCUUAUUUCUUAAAAGAUUCAUCAGAGAUAUCACAAAUAUUACUUGAUGACUUUAAUACAGCACAAGGUUAUACAUUUUUAUCAGACUUUCUUAUAAGUUUAGAAAAUGACGAAUCCAGUGAAGCCCUUGAAGCAAUGAGGAAUCUUGUUUUGAUAAUUGCAUCUCUUUCUAUGAGUGGUUAUAUUGAACUAAAACCCAAUCAAGAACAACCAGACUCAUUGUUACAACUUUUAGGAUUUACUUUACCUCAACCUACUGGGCAUGGUCAAAGUGUACGGAAUAUAUGUGCAUUCAAUGUUCUCCAAACUACAUUUAUUCGAUCUGAUUCUAGUGCAUUAUGCUGUACAAUCCUUGAUGCAAUAUCAAAUGUGUAUCAUUCUGAUAAUGCCAAUUAUUUUAUAUUAGAACCACAAAAUACAUUGCCACAAUUUAUUGAACAUAUACAUUUAAAAAAUCAACAAAUACAAGAUAAAUUUUUCAAGCUCUUAGAAUUUAUUGUAUUUCAACUUAAUUUUGUUCCAAUUAAAGAAUUAGCUUCAAUGGCUCAGUUAUUAAAAACAUAUAGCUCUACAGAAUGUACUAGAGUUUGUUUACAAACUUUAUUAAAUAUACUAAAGCACAAUAAUACAUUCAAAGAUGUAUUUAGAGAUGUUGGAAUACUUGAGGGGUUAUCAAACAAUUUAAGAAAUUACACUCAAGACUAUCUCUCUGAUUGCGAAUCAAAAGAUGAAAAACAUGAUGGUGAUCUAAAACGUGUGAUAAACUUAACUGCAGAAUGUUUAGUUAAUCUUAUGAUGUCUUCUCCAAAAAAUUGUAAAGUUUUUAAAGAAUGUGGAGGUGCUCAAGUAUUGUAUAUUAUACUUGAAUAUUCAUCUACUCGUCAGUAUGCUACAGCUAUAUUACGAGAAAUGAUAUUAAGCACUGGUGGCGAAGAAGAAAUGUCUACACUUUUGGGCACUUUACACACAACUGACAAUACUUGUUUGCCAUUAAAAUCUAGUAUUUUAAAAUUAUUUUUAAGUUGUAUGAAAGAAAGUCAUCGCACAAGAACCAUGUUUCGUAAAGUAGAUGGAUUUGUUUAUGUAAUAAGUGCAUUGGUGUCAAUGGAAGGCUGGUUUUCAGAUGAAAAAUGUGUAGAUCAAGAAGCUUUAAAAUUUGCUUACAUUAUUUUUAAUACAAUUACUAUAGCUAUGCGAUUUGAACCAGCAAAUGCAAAAUAUUUUCACCAAGAAAUUUGUUUGACAAGUUUGUGUGACACAUUAAGAUUAUUAGGUUGUUUUUCAAAUGAAACUCAAUUGGAUGACUAUAUUGAUUUAAUAACUACAUCAUUAGAAGAAAAUGUUUUUCAUAACAUUUUCACAAGCAAUACAAUGAACCCUGUAAUUACUGACAAUGUUCCAAAGUUUUUAUCUUAUGCCUGUAUAAUAAUGAGAAUGUUGUAUGAUGUUGCUCUUGAUUUAUAUGAUAAACAAAGCAAUACCACUGUUGUAUCAUUUAAGUCACCUGCCCAUAGACGAUACAGCGAAGUGGCAACAAAACCUUUAGAUUGUCAAAAUAAUAAUCGUCGUGCAAUACAACUCAAUUUAACUCCUCCAGCACCUGAUCCUAUUAUUGUUCAUGCCGGUGUUGUUAUUGCUAUGUUACAAUUACUACCAUCAAUUUAUAAUCCAUCGGCUCCUAAACUAUCACUUACAUUGCAAGUUUAUAUAGGUGAAGUUAUCAGAUCUUUAGUUCGUGGUGAAAGAAAUCAACAGCUUCUAUGUGAUUCUGGAUUUCCAACUACUGUAUUAAAAGUAGGACGAAUAGCAUUAUUGGAAGAAACACAUCCACUUCAUACAGUAUUUCAGUAUAUGUUAGAACGCUUAGCUAUUCAGCUAUUAGAACCAAAGGAUUUACGAGAAUUUUUAAGACUUGGAGAACCCCUUUGUUGUGUACCAUUAGAUUUACUUGACUGUUGGAUAAGUCAUAGUAGUAAAAAACCCGGUGGGACAGUUCCAUUAAGCCGUGUUAAAACACUUGUAUCUAUGACUACCCCCAGAGAUCCUUGUAUGCUUGCACUUCCACCAUUUUUUGAAAUGGAUUUUUCUUCCGAGGGGUUUGGAUGUUUAUUUUUACCCAGUAUUGCUCCACAGUCUCCAAUUAGUGGACCUUCAGUUGUUAAUGUUGCUACAUUAACUACUCCUGAUAUGAAUGUAAUUGGCGGAAUAGGAACUGGUGAUCGAAUGUUUCCACCUCAGAGUGGUCUUAGCUAUUCAACAUGGUUGUGUGUUGAAAAGUUUUCAGAACCAAGAAGUGAUCCUCACCCUGUUCGGCUUCUAACAUUAAUAAGAAAUGUACAGAGUACUAGAGACCAUUUAGUAUGUUUAGCAGUAGUAUUGUCUGCUCGAGAUAGAGCACUUACCAUAUCCACCCAAGAGACUCCAAUAUCAAUGACAAAUGCUGAUUGGGAGCCAGAAGUCAUUGGUGAUUCAUGUGUAAGAAUUUGGUAUCCAGACUUUGUGCAAGAAGGCCAAUGGCAUCAUAUUGUAUUAGUUUUAAAUAGAGCCGUAUUAAAAAAUUCAUCAUUUUCUUUAUAUAUGGAUGGCCAGCAUGUACAUACUCAAAAACUGCAUUAUAUAUCCCAAAAUCCAGGCGGAGGUGCAGCUAAUUUAACAAUUGCAUCAUCUGUAUAUGGAUACAUAGGGACUCCUCCAAUUUGGAGAAAAUAUUCAAAACUAACAUGGAAACAAGGGCCAUGCUGUUUAUUAGAAGAGGUAUUAAAUCCUCAUGCUAUAAAAAUUUUGUAUCAACUUGGUCCUCAUUAUUUUGGAAGUCUUCAAGCGCCUGAUAUUAAAGAUUUAGAACAUAUUGGACCUUUGGUAUCUGAAGAAAAAGUUAUUUUUGGAUUAAAUGCAAGGGCAGUCUCUCAAUUAACUUUGGCAAAAAUAAGAAAAAUAUACAGUAGAGUGGAUAGCAAAUCAAUUGCAAAACAACUUGGGAUGUCCACUCAUGAAAAUGCUACUCCUAUUCGUAUAAUGCAUAACACAGCUGGACAUUUAGCUGGCUCAGCUAGAAGUUUAGGUGGUGUUAUAUUGGGAUAUUUAGGAGUUCGCACAUUUUAUCCCCGUCCAGUUUUAAAACUAAUUGAUAACAUAGGAGGUUGUUCUGUAUUAUUAGGAUUGAUUGCAAUGGCAAGAGAUAUGGAAAGCUUAUAUGCUGCUGUUAAAGCUCUUAGUGGAGUACUACAUCUAAAUAUGACAGCAAAACGAGAAAUGGAACGCAGACGUGGAUAUCAGCUUUUAGCUUUAUGUCUACGUAGGCAUAAGCACAUGUUAAAUGCCCACAUAUUACACAUUAUACUUGAUUUAGUUAUAACAACUAGAAGUGUUGAAGCACCUACUAUACCAGAUGCUGUUGCAUUUAAUGAUUUGAUUUGUGAAUUAAAUCUUUGGCAAGAAGUUCCAACUGGUCUUUUACGAUCACUUAUAGAACAGUUAUAUGAAUUGGUAUCAGACUCAAAUGAGAAAAGAAACAAUUUAAUUAUAUUAAGAAAUAUGGAAAUGGUUCGUAAAAUGGUAAACUUUUUACCAAUUGUUUUUAAUACUUCUACACCAUCAACUACAGAAGUAUUGUUUUCAUUACUUGGAGCACUUUUAGCAAAACACCCAUUGACUGAAGAUUUAUUAUGUCUUGGACAGUACAUUGUGUUCACAUUGAAUACUGGCCUCAGUACAGAAUCAAAUCUUAAAGUCGAAGAGUUUGAAACAAAAAUAAAGGCUAUGGAAAAUAAUGUUGAAUUGACUAAUGAAGAAAAAACAAUUUGUCUAAUAUUAUUACGUAAUCGUUAUCUUCAACUUGUACAUUCUCUUUUGUUCACUAAUAAAAAUUUAGUUUGUACUGGGUUUUGUGAUGAUCUUGUUCGAGUAUUAGGAUUUGACUGGAUAUUAUUAUUUAUGCAAUCAAAUAUACACCGUUCUUCAAUAAUUUGGUCGUACAAAAUCCUUACCACUUUAUGUUCUGUACCUUCAUUAAUGGUUAAAUUUAGAGAAGCAUCCAGCAAUGGUGGUUGGUUGUUAAAUACUGAACUUUUGCAAAAUAAUAGAUCAAAUUUAAUGCUAAAUUACCAACUUUCUCCAAGCUUACAAAAAAACAAUAAAGAUAUACUAAACAAAAUGGAAGCUUUAAACAUACCAGGUUUUCAACACCUAUCUUGGUUUUUGUCUUAUCAUACGGAACUUCCUGAACUAUAUUAUUUUCUUAUGGCUUUAAUGUUGGGGCAAUCAGUUAAGACAAUUCCUAAUGAAAAAAAAUUAAAUCUUGAUGGUAUAUGGAUUUUUAUGUUUGGUGUUCCAAUUAGUCAAUCACUUUCAGCUGUUAGUGAUCGUAUAGUACUCUGUCCAGAAGCUGUCACUGCUCUUUUGUCAACUGUGAGAUUAAUUUUGAACCAAGACAACAGAGAAAUAAAAUAUGAAGAAUGGUUAGAAGACCAUCCAGUUACUAUAAUUCAGUUUCUUUUUUAUUUGUACCAUAACUUACCAGAUUGGAUGCCAGCAUUUAUGACAUCUGAAAUUUUACAUUCCUUAAGUGCAACACUUUUUCCAUUUACAAAUUUGAAUUUAAGUGAACCAUCCACACCAAAUGAUGACUGUUUUAUUAAAACACCUGAUGGAACUCCUCCUUCAACUAUUCAGAAAGAACAAUCAUUAACUUUACAUCCUUCUAGAAAGUUUGUUAUUGAUUUCUUAAGAGUAAUUGUUGUUGAUUCACUUCUAUUACCAAUAAAUAGCAAGUCUUUGCCCCCGCUAGAUUUAGUUCUUGAUGCUUCACCAGAAGGUGCAACUUCAUCUCAAGUAUCAAAGUACCAAACUGAACUGUUAUCAACAUUAAUGGAUCAUUUAUUAGCUGCUGAUAUUAUGAUUGGAGAACAAGCUGCUGUGUCCACAGUUCCUGGGGGUAGCUCUCAAAAUAUUCCUCAAAAUGUUUGUUAUUUAACGUGUCGUGUGGUAGACAAACUGUGGCAGGGUGUUUUAAUUAAAGAUCCUCAUGAAGUAUUUGAUUUCAUUAUGAAAUUAAUUGUUCAAGCAAAACGAAGACCAUGCUCUGUACCCAUGGAAGGGUUUUAUCACUGUCUUAAUAGAACUACUUUGUAUUUGCUUUCGAGAAAUACGGAUUCUAUAGCCUCACAAAUGCCAGUUUUGGAAGCGUUACAUAAACUUACCACUAAUAGAACAUUAGUAUUUGGAGCUGGCAAUCACGAAUUGGAUUUUAUUGGCUGUCUUAUUUAUUGUUUAUUGCAGUUAACUUCUGAUAUGAAAAUAAUAUUGGAUACAAAUGCAAAAACUACAUGGCAUAUUAAUCCAAGUCAAACUGCAGAGGUUGAAGAACAAACAGCUAAACAAGGACAAAAUUUAAUGGCAGUCGCAGCAAAACGUGUUUGGGAAGAAUUGUAUAUAUCUAAAAAGCCAGCCAUUGAAGAGGUUUUCAAAAUUCCAUUACCAAUGUCACCCAAUAACAAAGCUCCAGAUUUGCAUUCUGUUCGUGAACUUAUUUAUGAGAUUGCUCAAAAACAUUGGUUAACUUAUAUUGACAUGGAGAAAAAGUCAUUGUAUAAAAUGCCGUGGGAACUUCAAACUCAAAUUCAAUCAAAAAUACAGAAAGUUACUGGGGGUUUAACUAGACUUGCAUCCCGUGGCAAAGUUCUUAGACGUGAUGAAAGCCGUUGGCAAAGUGGAAGUCUUUCAAGCAUUUCAUUACCAUUAUCAAGAAUUACUAAAAGUGAAUGGUCUACAUGGGCUAACCAUGGCUUAAAUUCAGUAUGUGAACUGGUUUCUAUGCAAAUGGUACGGGAAGCUCAACAUCAAUCAUUUACUGUACGUUAUGUUCUGGAUCAAUGGUAUUUAAUAGAACAAGAAUUAACUAGGGAGAGGGGACUUUGGGGUCCUUUUACUUCAUGCAAAUUAGACAAAUGGAUAUUAGACAUGACAGAAGGUCCUUGUAGAAUGCGUAAAAAAAUGGUAAAAAACCAUCAGUUCUAUAGUCAUUAUCCAUAUCGACCAGAACUUGAGUCUGGAGACAAUAAAGGAUUAAAGUAUCGUGUGGCUACUAGUUAUGAUAGCAAAGAGUUUUGUCAAAAAUAUAAAUUACCAACAUUAAUAGAUAUGGAAAAUUUAGCUCCACAAUCUAAUGAAAAUAAUAAAUUUAUAACACAAGUUGAUGGUCAAGAUACCUUUGACUUUGACAAAAAUUUAGAUGAUAAUGAAUUACCAUUCAAAGGAUUAAAAAGAGUUGUUAGAAGAUCAACAUCUGAACCAGAUGAUGGAAUGGAUGAUAACGACAUUGAAAGUGGGAUUGAAGAUCAAGCCCCUCCAGAUGACAACCAUACAAUUAUUAGACUUUUGGAACCAAAUGAAAAAAUUAGUCAUAUGUUUAGGUGUGCAAGAAUUCAAGGUCUAGAUACAUAUGAGGGUUUACUUUUAUUCGGUAAAGACCAUGUCUACAUUGUAGAUGGUUUUACUUUACUUAAAACUAGAGAAAUUAGAGAUAUUGAUACUUUAUUACCUAAUUCGUAUGAACCAUUAUUACCAAGUCCUGGAAAUGGAAGUCCAAAUCGUGUGCGAAUUAAAAAACAGAGUUCUAAGUUUUCAUAUGAUGAUAUAAGGGAAGUGCAUAAAAGACGAUACUUAUUACAACCAAUUGCUGUUGAAUUGUUUUCUGCUGAUGGACGUAAUCAUUUAUUGGCACUACCAAAAAAACUAAGAAAUAAAGUUUUUAAUAGAUUUAUGGCAUAUUCAACAUCUAUUGCUGAUAAUGCUCAUCAAUCAGUUGCUGGGCAAAAAAGAACAGCAAAUGUCGAACAAAGUACAAGCCUUCUUUCAAACCUUAUGGGAGAAACAACAGUUACUCAAAGAUGGGUGAAAGGUGAAAUAUCUAAUUUCCAAUAUUUAAUGCAUUUAAAUACAUUGGCUGGACGAAGUUAUAAUGACCUUAUGCAGUAUCCAGUAUUUCCUUGGAUUCUGAAUGAUUAUGAAUCUGAUGUACUUGACUUUUCAAAUCCUGCUAUUUUUAGAGAUUUUUCUAAACCAAUGGGUGCUCAAUGUCCUCAACGUCUUGAGCAGUUUUUAAAAAGGUACCGUGAAUGGGAUGACCCUCACGGUGAAACUCCUCCAUAUCAUUUUGGUACUCAUUACUCUUCAGCAAUGAUAGUAUGUUCAUAUUUAGUUAGGAUGGAACCAUUUACUCAGCAUUUUCUCAGACUACAGGGUGGACAUUUUGAUUUGGCUGAUCGUAUGUUCAAUAGUAUUCGAGAAGCAUGGUUAUCUGCUUCAAAAACUAACAUGGCCGAUGUUAAAGAACUUGUACCAGAAUUCUUUUAUCUACCAGAAUUCUUGGUCAACUCUAAUAAUUUUGAUUUGGGAUGUAAGCAAAAUGGAGUACAAUUAAAUGAUGUAGUUUUACCUCCAUGGGCUAAAGAUGAUCCACAUGAAUUUAUUCGAGUACAUAGAGCAGCACUUGAAUCGGAAUAUGUAUCACAACACCUUCAUGAAUGGAUAGAUUUAAUAUUUGGUUACAAACAAUUAGGCCCGCCAGCUGUACAAGCUUGUAAUCUAUUUCACCAUUUAUUUUAUGAAGGAAAUGUUGAUAUAUACAGUAUUGAUGAUCCAUUAAAGAAAAAUGCAACAAUUGGAUUUAUAAAUAAUUUUGGUCAAAUUCCAAAGCAGCUAUUUAAGAAACCUCAUCCGAGUAAAAAACAACCAACUAACAAAGCAUCAAUGCUUGAUGCUGCUAAUCCAAUUUUAAGUUCCAGUACUAAUUUAUCAUUGGUCGACAAACUUUUUUUUUAUCAUUUAGAUAAUCUUAAACCAUCAUUACAACCAAUCAAAGAACUUAAAGGUCCUGUUGGUCAAAUUCUCCAAGUAGAAAAGAAUGUAUUAGCAGUUGAACAGAAUAAAGCAUUAAUGCCACCAAAUUUCAAUAAGACUAUAACUUGGGGUUUUGCUGAUCAUAGUUUAAGAUUAGCACAGUAUGAAACUGAUAAACCAAUUGUAAUCUGUGAAAGCUCGAGUCAAUCACCUGGUGAAAUUGUAACUUGUGUAUGCCCUACAUCUAAGACUGUUAUUACCGCUGGAACUAGCACAGUUUUGACUGUGUGGGAGUUAGAUUUAAACAACAAAUCUUUAAGAAUCGUGGAUAAUCUUUAUGGACAUACAGAAGCUGUGACUUGUUUGGCUGCUAGUGAUACAUAUAAUAUUGUUGUUUCUGGUAGCAGAGAUUGUACAGCUAUUGUUUGGGAUUUAUGUACAAAAGCAUUUGUGAGACAGUUAAAGAAACAUAAUGCUCCGGUUGCAGCUCUAGCAAUUAAUAACUCAACAGGGCAAAUAGCUUCAUGUGCUGGUACUAUGUUACAUGUUUAUACUAUAAAUGGUGAAGAACUAGCUAAUGUAGAUACAAGUGUUGGACGAGCUGAUAGAAUGCAACAAAUAUUAUGUGUAGCUUUUUCUCAAGCUAUCGAUUGGGAUCCUCAAAAUGUUAUUAUUACUGGGUCAUCGGAUGGAGUUGUUCGAAUGUGGUCAAUGGAAUAUGUGCAAGUUCCUAAAGUCCCAUUUAAUACCUCGUCAAUGGAAUCUUCAGUAUUAAAAGAAUGUAGUGAUGAAAAGAACAAAGAUGUUAGUGAGAAUUGUAGUUUAUUAAAAACACGGACAAUUGCUGUUCAGAGACUGGUUAAACAAUUAAGUAUAUCAUCAGAAACUAUUAACGAACAAGGAUUAGUAAUGAAAAGUGGGUCUGAGAGUAGUCUAUCAGAACAAGAGCCAAAAACUCCUGUAAAAAAAACUGGAAGAACUGAUAAAAUUGUUUUUGCUGAUGAAAAUGAUUCAACACCUCCAAUUCCAACUAUGAGAAAAAAAAGGGCAGUGAAACCUAAUCCAUUGCUUCGAAAAUCUGAAUGUAAUACAUCAAGUUCAACUGAUGAGCCAAAUAUUCAACAAGAAUCCUUAGCUGUUACUGAUUCAGUAUUAAGAUUAAGCAAAAGUGAAACUAAUCUUAUAGAAUCAUUUAUAAUUGUUGACCAAGAUGAUUUAAGCUUAAAAACUAAACCUGUCAGUCCUUUACAUAGAUUGAGAGAUGGGUUCCAAUGGCAACGUCAGUUAGUGUUUCGUAGUAAGUUAACUAUGCAUACAGCAUAUGACCGUAAAGAUAACACUGAGCCAGCUUCUAUAACAUGCAUAUCAAUUUCAAAAGAUCAUCGGACAGUAUACAUUGGUGAUGCCAGAGGACGUGUUUUUACAUGGAAUGUUGCCGAACAUCCUGGAAAAGGUGUGGCUGAUCAUUGGUUGAAAGAUGAAGGAGCAGAGCAGUGUAAUUUAUGUGAUGUUCGAUUUUCACUUUAUGAAAGACGACAUCAUUGUCGUAAUUGUGGACAAUUAUUUUGCUCAAAGUGUAGCAAGUAUGAAUCUGAAAUAUCAAGAUUACGAAUACUGAAACCGGUCCGGGUGUGUAAACCAUGCCACACAUCAUUGCAGUCAGCCAAACACACUUAGUUCCUAAUAUCUAUAUUAAAAACAAUAGAAAUGAAUAUUGAUCCAAAAGACAAUUUGUUAAACUGUUGAAUCAAGGCCAAGGAUUGUAAAUUCUACAUACUGUGCCAUGCUGACAAGUAACAACAAAUAAUUGUAUUUUUUAAUAACCCACCAAAUUUCUAGUCUACAUUGAUAUUUUAUGUGAAAAAGUAUUAUUUGAAAUUGUUACCAUAUAUUCUCAUAGCAGCUUGACAAUAAUUUAAAUAUUUUAUAUGAAAAAAAUCUAUUAACUAUUAAGUCUCCAUAAGUCAUAGGUUUUGGAAAUAUUUAUGUAUGUAAAUAAAUAUUAUCUCCGUUCUUAAUUUCUAAAAAAUGUAAGCAAGUAGAAAAUCUUACAAAAUUCAAGAAUUUAUAUUCAGUGAAGUUCAUCUAUUAUUUCGUGUAAUGAUUCAAGAACAUGACGUUAUCAUGUAACAUUUAUGUUUGAAUACAACAACUAGUAUAUAAUAGUUAACUCUCCUUAAAAUAGUGUUUUGUUAUGUUGAUUAUGUUAUAUCUGAUGAAAGGUAUACAGGUAUGUAUAUAUAUUCAGCAAUACAUAUUUUCUAGGAUAUUUACCCUAAUUUAUUAUAGUGUCAAAUUACACUGAAUACAAUAAUUGUCUUUCUAACUUUUUGGGAAAUAUUAUGAAUUUUUAUUAGGUCAGAUCAUUGCUCGUUAAUUAUUAUUAUUAUUAUUAUUAUUUUUUUUUUUUAAUUUGUUAUUUAUUUGUUUUCUAUGUUUCUUGAAAAUUAAUGAUGAUCAAGUUUACCUAUUAGUUUCCGUCCAAACAAUUUUCUACAGAUAUUACUUAUAAUAAUAUCAUUAUUUUUCAAUUCAUUGUUCUUUGAUCAAAUGUAUCCAAAAUCUAAUAGGUUAAACUUAAUUUCAUAUUUUUAAGGUAUUAUUAUACAUUUUUUUAUAUUUUAUAUAUUUACAAUGUCACUUGAAUUUUAUAUUAUUAUUUAUUAUCUAAUUUUAUUCGUUUACCUCAGUAUAAUUGUCUUAUGUGUUGCAUGUAUCAUGAAUCUAUUUUAUAAUAUUUAAUUAGUGUAUAAACUAGAGCUGGGCUGAUAGCACUUUUUUUUGAUAUUCGAUAAUCCGAUUUAUAUUGCCAAUAUAAAACCAAUAACCGGUCUGAUAUUAUUUUUUCAUAAACUGAUAUAAAAAACUUAAAAACCCGAUAUAUUUUUCAAAAGCUGAUAUCUGAUAUAGAAACCAAUGUAUGAUUUAAAUCAUGUGACAUAACUAAACAUAUUAGAUUUCUGCAAUGAUAAAUAAUUUUACUUAUUCUUUUAAUUAAUAGUAAGAUAAUAAUAUAAUAGUAUAAAAAAUAGUACAAAAAUGUCAAUAACAAAAAAAUUAAAUCUUAAAUCUUAUUUAAACCUUUUAAUUAUAUCGGUUUUACAAUCAGUUCGGAAAAAUAACCGAUACCCGAUUAAACCGAUAGUACCAAUAUCGAUAAUAUUAAUUUCGGGUAUCGGUAUCAGCCCAGCUCUAGUAUAAACACUACAAAUUAAGGUAUAAUAUAUAACUAUUAGUUUGUGAUAAACCCUAUAAACUUCAACAUUUACUUUAUAUUUAUAUAUAAGUAAGACAUACUUGUAAAAUAGAGCACAAACACAAACAAUAUGACUUUGAUGAAUCUUAUUUUAAUGUUAUCAUAUCGAUGUAACAUUUUUAAUUAUUAUUAAUAGAUACCUAUUGUAUGUUCUAACACACACGAGUUUUUCUUAAAUUAUUUAACCAUUUUUCACAAAAAAAAUAAUAUUUAGAAUUUUUUAAAUAAAAAAAAAAUUAUUGUAUAGUACUAUAGUAUAGUUAAAUGCUUGCACCUUGCAAGAGAGACGCACGUCAUGGUUUAAGAACUGUUGGUAUAUAUUGUUGAAACUACUUGAAACACAUUCAGUUUUAUAUUUAUAAAUCUUUCUAUCUUAUUUCUUGACUGAUUAUAAAACUCUACCAUUAAAAACUUAAAGUUUUAAUACAAAAUCAUGUAAUAAACAUAUUUUAUAAAUUAUCAUUUAUACAUUUUAGACUGAUGUAGAUAUGUUUGUAUUUAGACACUUUUGAGCUCUGACACCUAAAAUUUACUACAGAAAGGUGCGCAUUCGUAAAAGUUAUUUAAUAAAACUAACAAUCUCAAAAAAUAUUUACUGACAAUUAUUUAUUUUAUUACUCAUCAUAAUUUAAUGUGGAAUUGUUGAGAUUAGAAACUACAAAUUUGCUUCUUUAAUUAUUUUGUUGAUUAAGACUGCAAUUCUUUCACAGAUUGAGAAAUUUUAGUGAGAGUUGUAAAAUUGAGAAAAAUUACAAUACAUUCCUAUGUUGAUAUUUAAAAUUUAUGUAGAAUUGAUAAAAGCAGUAAGGAAAAUAAAAAUGGAUACAAAUAUUCAAAUAUUUUAGAACUUAAUGAUAAAAGUUAAGGGUUGAGUCCAGGUACAGUCUAUUUUUGAUUAAAAAACAGAUAAAAUAUUCAUUAUGAUAACUUUGUUGAAUUUAAAAAUGCUAUUGCCACUGAAAUGGGUUAAAAAAAUCUACAGUAUUCUAGCAUAAAUAAAAAAGACAGUGUAUAAUUACUAAAGUUUGGAAUUAAUAUUGAAAGUAAAAAAUAUGAAAAAAUGAAGAAAAUUAAUUGAAAGUAGAUAUACAUUUUUCAAUAUUUGAACAUUUGUGAAGAGUUUAAAAUGAAGGUGAGAGAAGUAUUGUCUCAUCAGUCAUCUAUAAACAGCUAAAUAUUCUUUGCCAAAAUAUAGUUGACUCUUUAGAUUUUUAAAGACCUUGAAAAAUUAUUAAAAAUUGAGAACCGUAGUGCAAUAUUUUAAAAAAAAAAAACAAGUGUGUUAUAACAUAUCAUUAUAUAGUAUUUUCUAUUAUUAAAUAAACAUAUUGAUUAUAGAUACGAGGUAUAAUAAAAUAUAUAAUUGUAGUUGGAAAUAAAAUACAUGAUAUUUUCUCUUAGGACCAGAUGAUACAUUUAAUUUAAAUAUAGUAUAUUAUUGUUGUACCUGUUAUAAAGUGAAGAGUAAAGUGUUGACAUUUUUAAUUCAAGACAAUAAUUGGUAUAAUAAACUGAAUAAUUUACUUCAUUUAAACGUUAGGUAAAUUUUAAUGAAAUUAAUCUGUGAUAAACAUUUUAAGUAAUAUGUUUUAAAUUAACUAUAUAUAGAUCAUAUGUCAUUACAAAUUUACUUAACAAGUUUUAUAAUGUUUUAUUUUAAUUUUAAAUAUUGAACAAUUUAUUAAGUAUGAAGAAUGAUACUUAGUUAUAAUAUGAUCUUAAAACUACCAUUAUUAUACUAUUGUAAUAGAUGCACUAUGGCUCAUUUUAAAAUGUUUGAAGUAGAUAAUCAGUUCCACUGUUCAUGUCUACAUUUAUCAUAUAAUUUCUUAAAACAAUAUUUAGGUAGGCACAUACCAGAUCACCUUUAGCGAUUGUAUUGUUAAAAUAAUUUAUAUCCUUUUGAGUACCUAGCAUAAUAAUCUAAUUAACAUUAUAGAUGAUAAAAUUGAAUUGUGCCAAUUGUUAUCACUAUUUGAGUAUUUGAUUUUAAAAAUACUGUUCAAUAUUUUAAGUUAGAUCCCUUUAACCCUUAUGGAUAAUUAUGUGCAACUGCUAUAAUAUAAUAGUUCUUAUUUUCUAAAUUUGGAAACUAAUGAUAAUUACUAUAAUAUAAACAGGGUUGGACUGAGAAUUUGGCCCGAAAUAGUACUAUUAAAAUGGCCCUUUUUCCAAAAUUAAUACCAACCAGACACUAGCCAUUGAAUCAACACUUUCUGCAGCCCUCUAAGUUUUUCUUUGUAACUCCGAUCCUGAACUUAGAUGAUCUUGACCUUCUAAGGUAUAUGUGCUUAUAAUGAAAUUCAGUCCAUAAUAACUUACAUAACAUAAAACAAUAGGUAUAUUAACUAAUUGUAUUAAAAAUGUAUUUAAAAGUAUAAAUUUAUUUAUAUAUACCAGUAAAAAUGUAAUAUUUAAAUUAUAUGUAUGGUCUGAAGUAUUGUGCAAGUACUUAUUUUAAUAAAGAUUCAUCAAGUUAUAUUUGUUUUGUAUUUUAAUAACUAACAAUUAUACAGUUAUACAGUUUAUUAUUUGCUUUAUGAUUAUUAUUAUUGCAUAUAUUAUAUUAUAUUAUAUUAUUUAUGUAUAUUAAUGAGUGCAUACAAAUAUUUAGACAAAUAGUAUUAACAUUAAAUUGAUGUGUUUAGAUAUACAGCAUUCUAUAUGAAUUGUGUCAAACUGUCAAGUAACAUGUAUUAUUUAAUAGCCAAAAUUUUUUACAAAACAAUAUGAAACAUUUAUGCAUUUAAAUAAAUAAUCAUGUGAUGUCGUUAAUUUUGUGCAUUAACAAUAUAUAUGCAUUUUAAAAUCAAUCAGAAAUUUUAUAAUAUUACUGAUGUGAAUAUAUUGUGAUUAGAACCUAGGUAUAUAGUAAAUAUAUACAGCAUACCUAUGUAAUUAGGAGAUUUUUGAAAUUAGAUAUUGUUGGGGUUUGAAAUAUAUUUAAUAAAGUACUUUGUGGUUUAA